UAAUUUACUCAUGACUUUUUUGUUGGAAGUUUUGUGUUAUAGUUUUGUUCUAUCAUUUGGGUUUUGUUGUCAAUGAUGACUAAUGGAUGUGUGCUGAACACAUGAGGGAUUUGGAUUAUGCAUUUAGAGGACAUCUAGCAACAGAUGUCAUGUGGGUACCAGUAGUAGUGAUAUUGAGCUUAGAGGAUUUAUUGAUGGCAUGGCAGCAGGAUGAUCAUGGCAGUUGGCAACAUUUGGUUUAUGGUUUUGUCAUGGAUUAUAGCAGGAACCGCAACGAUGAUGGCGGCAUGAUGGCAGUUUGGAUACUGUAAAGUUAAUGCCAGUCCUGCAGAUAGGAGUCAUAUUGCAAUUCUUAACUGCCUGUAGAUUUUGACCAGCUAGGGAAAAUUGGCAUACUUAAUAUGUCUCAGAUCUAUAUAUUCCUUGAUGGUAGCAAUUUCAAAGUUGCUAAAAGUAUCAAUAUAUUGAUUCAUUUCGCAAAAGCAUGUGAUGCAGACAUUAGUUGGAAACAAGUAUCGAUGCAAGAAACAUGUUCUCUAAUAGAAGAUGGCAAAUUUCCCUGCAAGUUCUUUUUUGGUUACGCGAAUACUCUAUAGAGACAGGACUGGCCAUAGUUGUUGACGGUGAUAGCAUUCUAAAAGUUAGCACUGAGCAUCUCAGGGACCUUACCUUUCAAGUUGGCUCUGUCUACCAAUUCAUCGGUGAACUCCUUAUCCAACCUGAUAAUGAGGGAGUUUUGCAGGCUCGUGUCGGUAGAAACGUUGAUGGGAUUGAUCUCAAUCUUUAUCACCAAUCCUUGCUGCUUUUGAAACAGUUUCAAGCCAAUCAUUUAAAUAAUCCAGCAACUUAACUUUGCAGGAUUAAUUUUGCACACAGAAGUCAUCAUACUAAUUGAAAAUUAUAUUUUCUGAUGCUAUGAAAAUGAUGGAAGGUUGCUCCCCAUAGCAGGAUGUUGUCGCGUCAAGUAACUGAAUGCCUAAACAUUUUUAUGUCCAGACAUGAUGUUCUGCAAAUGUUCCACCACUCAUUCAGAAAUUUGGGGGUUGAAUUUGCAAAUGUUUGUUGACAUGCAAUGAAGUGCAGAUAACGAAACAUUUCUAUCUUUUAAUGAUGGAAUAUUUGUUGGUUUUCAUGUCCAACUUCUCAGGUCAUACUUAGUACUCGUUUGGAUAUAAACCAAAGCGCACUUUUGGAGUUUAUUUAUGUAAUUUUUAGUAGAUAAGCUCCAAUAAGUUUGUAUCCGAACUAAUUUUUAAACCAAGGUAUUAGAAUAAUAUAUACCCGUUACAUUAAUA